AUGGUUUUCAGCAAGAGUCUCGCCGUUGCUGCGGCAGCCUUAGCCGUCUCUCCUUUGGUGCAUGCCUUCAACGCCCAGUCGAAGUCCAAUGUUGCGGUCUACUAUGGCCAAGGAUAUAACCAGCCGCGCCUCAGUCAUUUCUGUCAAGAGUCCGCACUAGAUAUCAUCAACAUUGGAUUUGUUAAUGGAUUUCCUGACCAGAGCCCUGCCAAUUGGCCUGGCAGUAACUUUGGCAAUCAAUGUGAUGGACUGACCUAUGAGAUUGGUGGAGUCAAGACCGACUUGCUCUCGGGCUGCCAUCAGAUCAUGGAAGAUAUCCCGAUCUGCCAGGCAGCCGGUAAAAAGGUUCUAUUGUCUAUAGGAGGUUCUACCCCCGACAAUCAGGAACUCCUCUCGACAGAGAGUGCUAUUGGAUUUGCCGAAUUUCUCUGGGCAUCCUUCGGCCCCGUGGACGAUACUUGGGUGGCAUGGGGCGGUCCCCGUCCGUUUGGCAACGUAUCCGUCGACGGAUUUGACUUCGAUAUAGAGCACAACGGUGGAUUUGGGUAUGGAGCUAUGGUCACCCGCUUUCGUGAGCUUUUUGCCGGAAAACCUGAUCAAAAAUUCUACCUGUCCGGGUCCCCUCAAUGCCAUAUACCCGAUAAGCAACUGAGCCUCGCAAUCGCAACAUCCGCAUUUGACUUUGUCUGGGUGCAAUUUUACAAUAAUGACGAUUGCUCCGCGCGUAACUUCGUUACUGGGGAGGGUUUCAACUUUGACGCUUGGGUCGACAUCAUCAAGUCUGGCGGUAACCCAGCUGCAAAGCUCUUCGUCGGCCUGCCUGGCAGUGAAUCUGCGGCGCUUGACGGGUACUACUUGACUCCCGAUGAGGUCAAGCCUUUGGUCAAAAAAUACAUGAAGCUGUAUCCUGAUGUAUUCGGAGGUAUCAUGGUUUGGGAGGCGACCCAGUCUGAUCGAAACCAGAUCAACGGGACCAGCUACGCAGGACACAUAAAGAGGAUCCUGACUGAACUGGAUCCUACGCCUCCCGCUCCGACGACGUCCCUUUCCAGCUCCAUCAUCGCAUCAAGCACUCCCGUUCGGUCGAGUACUCCAGUUAUUUCUAGUACACCAACGCCGUCAAGCACUCCUGUUCAGUCCAGCUCGCUAGUCACUUCUUCAACCCCGCUGGCAUCUAGCACACCUGGCCAUUCAAGCUCUCCUAUCGCUUCAACCACUCCCAUCCAGUCCAGCACUCCUGUCCAAUCGAGUACCCUUAUUGUAUCCAGCAGCCCUGCUCGGUCCAGCACGCCUGUCCAGUCUAGUACUCCGUUUCGGUCCAGUACUCCAGUUCAUUCCAGCAUUUCAGCUCACUCAAGCACCCGUAUUGUGUCCAGUAGCCCUGUCCGGUCUAGCACUCCUGUCCACUCUAGUGCAACAACUCACUCGAGUACUCCUAUCAUAUCAAGAAGUACUGUUCAGUCUAGUGCUCUGGCUCACUCGAGUACCACUACUGCAUCAAGCACACCUGCUUCGUCUAGCCCGCUAGUUCAUUCAAGCACCCCUAUUCAGUCAAGUCUCCCUCAGUCAUCAAGCACAACUGCUCAAUCAAGUACCCCAGCCAGUUCUGCAACCAUCUCAAUGCCUAGUGUUCCUGGUCGGUCGUCUACCCCGGCCACAUCUAGGACACAAUCAGCAUCUGUCAUCACCGGUCACUCGAGCUCGCAGAUCAGCUCUAAGUCUUCGCUAACAUCCGGGAUGCUGACAAGAUCGAGCUCAGCAGUUGCCUCACGGACAACAUCUGCCUCGGCAAUCCUGACAGAGACGAUUUCGCCAAUACCUUCCGGAACACCAAUUCAUUCUGGGAACACCUUUUCUUCCGCGGAGCUUACCUCGCCGGCCACCUCAACUCCUUCAACCCCGCCGGUCACUUCUGGGGAGCCAAGUCUAUCAAUCUCAGCAACAGUAUCCGAAAACCACUCUUCUAUCAAGCCGGGUGUGUCGACAACGUCCAAUCCAACUGGUACCCCGGCAUCCUCCACUGUACCUGCACCAUCUACUGCUUCUACUUCAAACUCCUCAAGUACCUCCACUGUCAAUUCAAACCCAACAGGUCAAUCCAGCCCUACCAAGUCGCACACUCCUCAUAGUGCUACUGCCUCCUCGUCGGCCCAAGCAGCUAACCCAACCACAUUAACGGGCUCAGAGCCGGACAACGGAAACGGAACAGUUACUAGCACGAUUACUUCCGGAAUAGUGACCCCUUCCGUCACACCUACCGGUACUACCUCGGAGCCUCUCACUGUCACGACUGUUAUCGUCACCUCGUACAUCGAUAUCUGUCCCACGGGAUUCACAACGAUCACCACGACUUAUACCACGACCUACUGCCCUGGAACAGUAUCCGCAACCGCUACAGCCACGAACGCCCCCUCUGAACCGGGGUCACAGACCGCUAUCCCUACCCCCCCUGAGGGCUGGACCUCAACCGUGACUGUCUGUACGCACUGUGCACCAACACCAACCACGGUGACUCUUACUCUACCCGUGACUACCACAACUACUGAACCUAUCACUGUGCCAGCACAGCAGACCACCGAUGUUCUACCUGCUGAGGGCUGGACCACAACAGUUACUGUCUGUACGAAAUGCGCAUCAACGCCAACUACUUUGACGCUUACUGUACCUGCCACGGGAGCUGGAGCUGGCUCUAACCCCGUCAACCCUACCAGCACCAUCCCUGUCGGGCAGACUAGCAGCCCAUCCGGACAUGAGAGCUCCAUUGAACCCAUGGUUACGAAUACUGUCAUCAGCCACAGCCAGAGCCUUUCAAGGACUUCUUCUGCGAUUGUUAGAACAGGCAGUGUACAUCCGCCGUCCUCAACAUUGGCUGUUAGACCCUCGACUAGUGGAUCUCGAGUUCCCAUGGCUCCUGGCGAGACGCAGGAUACUGUGUCACCCAUCUUCACAGGUGUUGCAUCACAGCCUGCUAGACUAGGCCACGGAGCUGCUGCUCUCAUCGCUCUUGUUGUGGCUGUUAUCCUUUUGAUAUGA